AUUCUUGUUUUAUUGUUUUCGGCCGCCAAUUUUCUUUUAACAACAAUAACACAUAUUUAGAAACAAAAUGAGCGUUGAAGACCUGGUGAGGGAUAAUGCACAUUUGCUGAACGUUCAGUCGGUGCUGCAGCACGCAGCAGUGGCUUCCUUGGCAUGCACAGGACCACGGACAAUUGGGCCGGAUCGUAAGCCACAACGAUUGGAGAUUAAGCAAGAUAUGUCAACUAUUUUGCCAGCUGUCGAAGUAGCCCGAGCUUCAGUUCAGAGUGUGAAUAUACAGCCGGCUAUGGAGCUUGUUGAUGCAUGCAUAUUUCCCGAUAUAGAUGCCAUUAAUGCGAGUAUUGUGAAACGUGAGCUUGCCGAGGAGUGUAAGCGUAGUGUGCGAAUGCAGUUGAAGGAGAUCAAGGAACGGCAGCAAAGUGCAGUUAAUGGACGACACGCGUCUCAGCGUGAGAAAGAGCAACAACAGUUGUUUAUCAAUAGCCUUGUGAUGAGGCAGGAAAACGAGAAACUGUUGCAGCAACAAGCGGAGCAGUUGGCUAAAAAGGAGCUUGAGAUGCAGCAACGAGAUCAACUGGCGCUGCUUAGGCACAAUAACCAAAAACUACUAUUGCUAACCAUUGAAGCCGUUUCACGUUGCCACAACAGGUUCUGCAGCAAAUAUGAGGCAGUGACCAAAUUGCUGAUGACCCUAGACAAGGAGAGUGUGCAAGCAUGUGCAGCCAUUAAUGUUGAAUUGCGGGAACUGGGCCAGAUGUUCGAUCAGCUAGUUGGCAAACUGAAGAAUGGCAACUGCGAACAGCCGGAGUUGAGCUGUGUAUUCACGGCGGAACAAUACUGCCAGAGUCUGGACAAGCUUGAAGACAGUCUGCAUCAACAGCUGACGGAACAGGAACAGCAGCUGCUUCACAAAGCCAAGCAGCAAGCAGAGGAGAAAGAGAAGCAGCGCAUCUUGGAAGCUGAGCAGCAUCGUCAACAGAAACAAGAGGAGCAGAAGCAACAAGAGCAGAAGAAACAGGAGCUGGAGGCUCAGCUUAAGGCAACAGCUGACGCCGCGGCAGCAGCAGCAGCACAGGAAGUGCGGCCUGUCGAGACUCCAGUUGUUGCACCUGCAACUGCGUCUGGAAGCAUCUCCACCAGCUAUGUGCAUCCCACACGCUUAGCCUUCUACAAUGAAAUCAUUGCGCUGUACCAGAGUAAAGUGGAUGCAGUGAAGCCGCUGCAAACGGACGAGGCAUGGAAGAAGUACCGUACGAAUUGUCAACGGACCAUCAAUGUUCCGCUUAAUGCCAUUACGGCCUCCAGUCCCCAGCACCUGACAAAUAAUUUUGACAAGCUAUACAAUUUCUUUGCGGGACAGGCAGUAAGAACCACGGAUGGAAGUAAUAUAACCAUCAAUGAUCAUCCACUGGCUCGGGACUAUUGCAUUCUCUUGAUGGCCAAGAAGUUUGUCAGUCAGACAGACACUGCCAUAUCUAGUAAUCCGCAAGCAGCCUUUCCCUUUGCCUCUGUGAUCAAUAGCUUCUGGAAACUGCUGCCCGACUUUGGCAACAUCUUUUUGGCUUACAUGUUCAAGGAGUCGCCCUAUCUGGUUCCGUAUGUGAUACCUCAACAGCCGGACCAGACACCCGAACAAUACCUGAAGACAAUGGGCUACCGGCUGUCCGAUACCAAUGAGUUGGAGAAACCAGACAUGUUCUUGAAACGCCAAACAGGCAUUGCUCGUCUCUAUGCGGCGGUCAUCAUCACUCCGGGCCGUAAAGCGGAUGGUCCCACGCAUCCCUUUGGCCUGGAGGAAGCCUGGCGAUGGCUGAGCCACAUAAUGCUCGUGAAACCACUGCCUGACAUAUGUGCGACCAUGAUCAUGGAGAUGCUGCAAACACUCGGCUUUGAGCUUUGGCGUGCAUAUGGUCAGAAUUUCUUGAAGCUUCUGGUCUACAUACAGACAAUCUACAUUCCGCAGCUGGCGGCUUACGAUGAAGGUGGACCCAAGACCCGGCUCGAGAUGCUACUAUCUAAAUUUCUACGUGAACGUCAAAUUCCACAGGCUGUGGGUGUACUUCCUCCUGGAUUCUGGUAGCUGUAUUAGUUCUACUUAACAUUUUAGUGUCCAAUCUUCGUAGUGUGUAGGCUAAAUUUAUCAUUAAGUGAAAUAUUCUUUGCAUUCAUUGUUAACAAAUCCGUAUUCCAAA